AUGGUUCCUCUUAGUGUGGCACCUGGAAAUCAAGAUCUGGGUGGCAGAUUUGAGAAAGGGCGUAUCUACACGUUCAUUGGAGAAGUUGUCGUUUCUGUGAAUCCUUACAAGUCACUGAACAUCUAUGGGAGGGACACAAUCGAACAGUAUAGAGGUCGUGAGCUGUAUGAGAGACCCCCUCAUCUGUUUGCUAUUGCUGAUGCUGCUUACAAGGCUAUGAAGAGGCGCUCAAAAGACACCUGUAUUGUGAUAUCAGGAGAAAGUGGAGCUGGUAAAACGGAGGCCAGUAAGUACAUUAUGCAGUAUAUUGCAGCCAUCACCAACCCCAGCCAGAGAGCAGAAGUUGAAAGAGUGAAGAAUAUGUUGCUGAAGUCCAACUGUGUUUUGGAAGCUUUUGGAAAUGCUAAAACCAACCGUAAUGACAACUCAAGCAGGUUUGGAAAAUACAUGGAUAUCAACUUUGACUUCAAGGGAGACCCUAUUGGUGGACAUAUUAAUAACUACUUAUUAGAGAAGUCUCGAGUGAUUGUGCAACAGCCAGGAGAAAGAAGCUUUCAUUCUUUCUAUCAGCUCCUCCAAGGGGGUUCAGAGCAGACACUGCGCUCUUUACAUCUACAGAAAUCCCUUUCAUCCUACAACUAUAUCCAUGCCGGAGCUCAGCUAAAGUCUUCUAUCAAUGAUGCUGCAGAAUUCAAAGUAGUAGCUGAUGCCAUGAAAGUAAUUGGCUUCAAACCUGAGGAGAUUCAAACAGUGUAUAAAAUUUUGGCUGCUAUUCUUCACUUGGGAAAUUUAAAAUUUAUGGUGGACGGUGACACACCUCUUAUUGAGAAUGGCAAGGUUGUGUCUAUCAUAGCGGAAUUGCUUUCGACUAAGACAGACAUGGUUGAGAAAGCCCUUCUUUACCGGACUGUGGCUACAGGCCGAGACAUCAUUGACAAGCAGCACACGGAGCAAGAAGCCAGCUAUGGUAGAGAUGCCUUUGCCAAGGCAAUAUAUGAACGUCUUUUUUGUUGGAUCGUUACUCGCAUCAAUGACAUUAUCGAGGUCAAGAACUACGACACCACAAUCCAUGGGAAAAACACUGUUAUUGGUGUCUUGGAUAUUUAUGGCUUUGAAAUCUUUGACAACAACAGCUUUGAACAGUUCUGCAUCAAUUACUGCAACGAGAAACUGCAGCAGCUGUUUAUUCAGCUGGUUUUGAAGCAGGAGCAGGAGGAGUACCAGCGGGAGGGGAUCCCUUGGAAGCAUAUUGAUUAUUUCAACAACCAGAUCAUUGUGGACCUUGUGGAACAGCAGCACAAAGGCAUCAUUGCCAUCCUAGAUGAUGCUUGCAUGAAUGUUGGCAAAGUCACUGAUGGAAUGUUCCUAGAAGCCCUUAACAGUAAACUAGGCAAACAUGGUCAUUUUUCCAGCCGAAAGCUCUGUGCCUCAGACAAAAUCCUGGAGUUUGAUCGUGAUUUUCGGAUUCGGCACUACGCAGGGGAUGUGGUCUAUUCUGUCAUUGGUUUUAUUGACAAAAAUAAAGAUACAUUAUUUCAAGAUUUCAAGCGCCUCAUGUAUAACAGUUCAAAUCCUGUGCUGAAGAAUAUGUGGCCUGAAGGCAAACUGAGCAUUACAGAAGUGACCAAGCGACCUCUAACUGCUGCAACCUUAUUUAAGAAUUCUAUGAUUGCUUUAGUAGAUAACCUUGCAUCGAAGGAACCGUACUAUGUGCGUUGUAUCAAACCCAACGAGAAGAAAUCCCCCCAGAUAUUUGAUGAUGAGCGCUGCCAGCAUCAAGUAGAAUAUCUCGGACUACUAGAAAAUGUGAGAGUGCGUCGGGCAGGAUUUGCCUUCCGUCAGACCUAUGAGAAAUUUCUUCACAGGUACAAGAUGAUCUCUGAAUUCACCUGGCCCAACCAUGACCUUCCUUCAGACAAAGAGGCUGUCAAGAAACUGAUAGAACGCUGUGGUUUCCAAGAUGACAUAGCUUAUGGGAAGACCAAAAUUUUCAUCCGAACACCCCGAACAUUGUUUACUUUGGAAGAACUCCGUUCCCAGAUGCUUGUAAGGAUUGUUCUCUUCCUACAAAAG